GCCGUCCCCAGCAUUUACUGCCGCUCGCACCACCGCGACCAAACCAUUUGGUCGUGCCCUCAGGCGCUAACAAUCAUUUGCCCUUACACCAACGCCACCAAUGCCAUUAGAUAUCCCCCCAGACAUCCCGCAAACAGUCCCUGCCCGGGCCAAGAUAUACAAGGAUGACUGCAUGUACAGCUUCGACACCCCCGAGUCCAACGACUUGGGGUUGGACGUGGAUCUCCGGUCGUACCAGGCGUUUGCGAGAACGCCAUCGACCAACUUCACGUUGCAGAACUUCCAAAAAACAGGCAACUACUUGUACUUGAACAUCAACAAGACCUUGAAGCCUGAGGGUGACCGCAACGCCUUGUACAAUGAGCACGGCGAACGCAAUUCCAAGCUCGCCAAGCUCGAGGUCAAAGACGUCAACGAGGACGACUUGUUCUCCACGGAAAUCUCCAUCUACAACAUAAAGGAAGACAGAUCGUACGCAUUGUCGGAAUUGACUCCCUCGUUCCAAAAGCUCGUGGACGACAUCUUGAAGCACAACUCCUCAGAUAGAGCCGACGAAAUCAAGCAGUGGGAACAAGAAAUCCUUCCUUGCGAACACUCGUUUGAUUUGGAGCAAUUCAAGCCUACCUCUGAGUUGGACCUCACUCACUGCUCUCAAUGUGAACUCAAGGAAAACUUAUGGAUAUGUUUGCACUGUGGUGCAUUAGGUUGUGGAAGAGAACAAUUUGGAUCUACUUUGAAAGGCAAUUCCCAUGCCUUGAAGCAUUUUGAAACCGCAGAGCAUCCAGUCGCAAUCAAGCUCGGUUCCCUCUCUGCCGAAUCAGAAGAUAGCUGUGAUGCCUACUGCUACAAAUGUAACGACGAAAUCAAGGUACCCAACUUAUCUGCAAAGUUAUUGACGUUUGGCAUUGACUUGAGAACCACCGUCAAGACCGAAAAGAGUUUGGUAGAAUUAAAUAUCGACCAGAACUUGAACUGGGACUUCAAGCUUGAUGGUGCUAACGGUGAGAAGUUACAACCUGUGUUCGGGAAAGGGUUGACAGGUUUCAAGAACUUAGGGAACUCGUGUUACUUGAACUCAGUUAUUCAAGCUUUGUACAGUGUUCCAGAAUAUCAAGAGUACUUCAAAUCCAAAGAAUUUCCUGAUAUAAAAGACCCAGCUCAUGACUUGACUACUCAGUUGAUAAAGAUAUACGAUGGACUUUUGAGUGGUAAAUAUUCGCAUCCAGGAUCUUUGAAAGGAGAUGAUUACCAAGUCGGUAUCAAGCCCUCCGCAUUUAAAACUUUAAUUGGUGAGAACCACCCCGAGUUCAGCACCCAAAGACAACAAGAUGCUCAUGAAUUCUUAUCAUAUUUCCUUGACAAGACCGAUAAUGAGCUUGGAAUUGAACUUAAUAAAUCGUUCAAAUUCUUAUUAGGUGAUAAGGUUAUUUGUAGCCAGUGCUCAAGUGGAAGUAUUAAAAACGAAUUGGCUGACAAUAUUUCGGUUCAAAUUGAUGACCAAGUGAUAAAGAUUGAUGAGGAAACUGGCAAAAAGGUAUACAAAACAUAUGAGCUUCAAUCAGGAUUAUCUUCCCUCUUUUCUUCGGAAUUGAUUGAAGGAUAUAAGUGCAGCAGUUGCGGAACAGAACCUGGUGCUGCUUUGAAGUCUAGUGGUUUUGUAUCGUAUCCCAAGAAUUUGGUGGUUAAUGCUCAAAGAAUUAAAUUGGAAAAUUGGGUCCCCGCGAAGAUUGAUGUUCCAAUUGCAAUCCCAUAUACUUUAGAUGUUUCCGAGUUCCAAGCUCCAAAAUUCGAGGCUGGAGAAUCUCAGUUGCCACAAGAAGAAGAAGAUGCAAAGGAUGGAGCACCAUCUUUCACAGCCAAUGAAGAAGCUAUGACCUCGCUUUUGAGUAUGGGCUUCCCUGAACCCCGUUGCUUGAAGGGAUUAUAUCAUACCGGCAAUAACAAUGCUGAAGACGCCAUGAACUGGAUUUUUGCACAUAUGGAUGAUAUUGACAUUGAUGACCCAUUCGUGGUACCUCAAGCAGCUGCUGAACCACAAGGCCCAUCUGAAGAGCAGAUCGAGGCCUUGAGUGUCAUGGGCUUUUCGCAUCAACUCAGCAAGAAAGCGUUAUUGCUGAAUAAUAACGAUGCAAAUGCAGCUGUGGAAUGGCUCUUUGCUAAUCCUGAUGAUGACGGCGUAAUUGACGAAGCAGCGAAGCCAGCGCUCGAUGUGGCCCUGGAAAAACGUGCAUUGACGGAAGAGCUUCUCAACCAAUCUACCUCAAAUGGUAAGUACGAGUUGCAAUCGGUCAUCUGCCACAAGGGAACGUCUCCCCACACCGGGCAUUACGUUGUGUUCAUCAAGAAGAUCAUCGAUGGCCAGGAUCGUUGGGUUUUGUUCAACGACGAAAAGGUGGUUGUAUGUGACGAAAACAACCUCCUGGACAUGCGUGAUAACGGCUACAUCUACAUUUUCAAUAGGAAGAAUUAGAUCGGGGUGCUUAUGACGCCUCAACUCAGAGUAGGCAUUUCAUUGGAUCCAGUUACUAAUCCCAACGCCCCUGACUCACGCAUACCUCCCAUCGCACCAACGUACAUAUGUCAUAGUCCACUGACCCAUCGACAUGCCAUCUGCCAUCUAUUUGUAGCCCUGCCGACAAUCAAUCGGGGCUAUUGUCUCUCCGAAGACACAUUCAGUUAUCCUGCAGAUAGUUAUCAGACAGCUGUGCCAGCACACCCUUAUUUUCACCACAUUUCCCAUGUGGGCCCCAAGGGGCAGGCCCGAAGUUCCGAUAAGAAAGUUGUUUUCAUGUCGGGAAUUAAAUGCCGUAUUUGGGCCCCAUUCCGGCCAUCUUUGGGCCAUGUUUGGAGCUUAGGAAAACACCAUAGUGGUAUGCCGAGGUUAAUUAAACAAAGAAGCGUCCAGCACCAUCUUGCAG